AUGACGCAUUAUGAGACUACAAUAGAAGCACAACGUCACACACAUCGUAAAAAUGAUCACGAAUCUCGAUACAAAAGACUCCAGUUGAAGAUUAGUUACAUAGUGUCGGAAGGGCAAGCUGUUGAUAUAUACACAAAAAGUAUUUUUUGUGACGUUCAAGCUGAGCUUAUUGGAGUUGCGGAUUGCAUAAAUCAACGUUACGAAGAUCAGCCUGAUGGGUUUGUUAAGUUUUAUGUAAGUGACUUCCAACAGCUUUACAAACAUUCUAUGCAUGGCGUUAUAGAGAUAUUGUUUUUGGCGUUUCUCAGACGUUUGGAACAGUUUGGUUUGCUAUGUAGACAUAUAUUCUAUGUUUUGAGACUUAUGGACAUUAGGGAAUUUCCAAAACAAUACAUUCUGAAUAGAUGGCGCAAAGAGGCCUCCCCAAAAUGCUCUCCUGAAUUCUCAAUUAGUCGUGAAUAUAUGACCGAGCUUGAUCCUGAUGUGCAAAGUAUGAUGCGAGAUAUUAUUUAUUCAACCGAAUACACUUUGAACCGUUUAUCUGGUAAUAAAGAGAAGCUAUCCUUAUACAAGGACCAUGUUCAAUCUUAUAUGAAGAAGGUUCAAGAUAUGUAG